AGGGUCGCUAAUCAAAAUAAAUCACUGUCAUCAAUUUUUGCCAAGUGCGUGCAAAAUACAUUGUUUUGCUGAAAAGAUAGAAAUUUUAUCAUUAUUAGAUUUUACGAGUUCUUUUUUAUUGUGAACCAUGAGCGGGAAAAACUCUGCUCUUGCAUCACUAACGGCUACAUAUACCGAUUCCGAAAAUGAGGAUGAUCCGGAAACCGCUAAUGAAUCUUUCCAUUCCGAUGAAAGUUCAUCAUCCCAGGUUCGCGUCCGUUCCCGCCAGCAAACACCGAUUCGUGAAUUGUCGGAAGCUUCAGUAUCACCUCCCGAAGGGAGCGCAGCUGUAGCUAAACCUGUGGCCCCAUCUUCGACAGAAGCUUCCAGGUCGAACGAGUCAUCCACGUCACGCCAAAAAGCGCUCCGGCUGGUAAGUUACUUCGAUGACACUGUAGUUUCAGAUGAUGAAAAUACAUCACCGAGUCGAAUCCGCGAGGAUGCUAUGGAUAUUUCUGAAGACGAAACUCCAGCAGUCGAAUCAGCAUCACCGAAGAAAAUCGAUCGGGCUAAACUAUACGGAUUUUCACUGCCACCCGAAUCGAAAGGUAAAUGUUCGAUUGAGCUGCAGGAAAAGAUUGCCACAUUGUACGAAAAAAUGCGCAAUUCGAAUAUGGAUACGAAUAAAAUAAUUCAAGAGCGAAAGGAAUUCCGCAAUCCAAGCAUUUACGAGAAGUUGAUUCAGUUCUGUGACAUUAAUGAAUUGGGCACCAACUAUUCGUCAGAUAUAUUUGAUCCAUUCCAGUGGGGUAAAGAUUCGUAUUACGAAGAACUAGCAAAAUCUCAGAAAAUCGAAAUGGAGAAGGUGGAAAAGGCGAGAAAGGAGAAUGCCAAAACAGAGAUUCAGAUUGGCGUUAAAAAGAUGGAUACGGAUGAUUCGAAAAAGCGCAAAUCGAAAUGGGAUCAGCCGGGUGUUUUGGGAGCUGCUCCCGGCUCAAUCGGAACUGCCGGAGUGUUGAAACCUGCCGGCAUCAUCACCCAAACAUUAACGACAACAGCCACCGGUACGAAGGGAACCGUGAUAUCAGCUUUCGGGUCGCUGCCCAAGAAACCAAAAGUAUAAUAGACCUUUGGGAUGAUGUGGUGUUUACACUUUUACCUUACUUUUUGUAAUAUUAAGCAAAUAAAUAGCACAAAAUAACGAA